AUGUACGUGCCCCACCAUUUGCUCCCGAUUGCUUGUGCAAUUCUUUGUUUGGGAAAAAGUGCAGCAUCAACGAAAGCCAGCGGUCUCCAGGUCAACGCUCUCCCGCUCAGCGUCACCACCGUACCUUUCCAGGACAACGCCACGUCCGUCCCGCUGGUCGAUCGUGAAGGCCAAGAAAGCGAAGAGAGAUUUCUACUGUUUUUUUGUAUGGUUUUUGCUGAGUUUGCGGAGAGGCUUCAUUAUUGGCAUUUGAACCUUUUGGAGAGACUGAACGUGCACCCAAGUCGUACGCUGUCGAAGUUUGGCCUUAGCCCUACAGCCAGCGGUUUUUCGAAUGGGGUAGACGGCCUGCAAUGGCUUGAACAUGCUGUCCGCUAUCGAUCGAAAAACAAGAAGAAGGGGAAAGAAUUGACUGACCUUGAACUGUUCAAGCUUUUAAAGAAACGUCUAGUGCACGACGAAAACUUGCUGGGGGUUGCGGACCGUCUACGAUUUCAAGAUGAGAAUGCGGCAAUGAAGCAACUCUCGGUCGUGUUUUACCGAGCUCUGCUCAAGGAUUGCUCGCCAGCAACCUCCAAGCUCAUGCUCGAUCACUGGCUGGGGUCCAUGGUCGUGGUGCCAGACGAUGUUUUCCUAGCCCUUGGAAUCAAAGUGGAGGAUCUCGUCGAUCAUCCAGCUGUUGUCUAUCAGUGGCUGAGACACAUUUCGGAAUACAGGAAAGCUGGAAGCAACAAGUACACCGUCGAACAAAUAAAAGAGAAGCUAGAAGGAGCAUCUGAGGAUCAAAUUCGCAAGUUCGUCGACGAAGCUCUAAAGCAAGAAGACCCGGUCCUCGUCAACAUGGUGAAAGAAGUGUGGGGAAACAAACAACCCGCUACGGUGACCGAAACAGCCGUUGCUACCUGA